AUGAUGCAGCCUCAACACCAGUACAGCCAAGGUCCGCCCGGAUAUCCAUAUGGCUACCCCACUGGUGUCCCUUCGCAGAUGCCUGCUUCUUCUGGUUCAAUGAAUCCGGCUAUGGUGCCUUCAACGCUCCAACUUCCAGCUAUGUCGUCCGGAGCCCCCGCAUCAUCACUACCAGGUUCGCAGAGCUAUCAAUCUCAGACCUUCGACCACACUGGCCAGGUCGCUCCCCCAGGAAUGAAGCCCCGUGUGACCGCAACAUUGUGGGAAGACGAAGGCAGUCUUUGUUUCCAGGUUGAAGCCAAGGGCGUUUGUGUUGCUCGCCGUGAAGACAAUCACAUGAUCAACGGCACCAAGCUUCUCAACGUCGCGGGAAUGACCCGGGGUCGUCGUGACGGCAUACUGAAAAGCGAGAAGACGCGCCAUGUUGUCAAGAUUGGCCCAAUGCAUCUCAAGGGUGUUUGGAUUCCUUUCGAGCGAGCUCUCGAGUUUGCCAACAAGGAGAAGAUCACCGAGCAGCUGUAUCCUCUGUUUGUCCACGACAUUGGAGCACUGCUUUAUCAUCCCUCGAACCAGACGAGGGCAAGUGUAGGAAGCGCUGCCAUGGCUGCUGUUGGGAACCGGAGACCUGACCAUACGCAGACACAUCAGCGAUACCUGUCCGGACCGGCAGCGUCGCAACCUCCGUCGCUCCAUCAUCACCACUCGAUGAGCAACCCGAUUGGUGCUGCCAUGUCUCAGCCACCGCAUGCUAUCCAGCCGCACCCUUCGUCAGGUCGCCCAGGCAUCGACCGGGCUCACACUUUCCCUACUCCUCCCACAAGCGCCUCAAGCAUCAUGGGUAUGGGCAACCAAGGUAGCUCAUACGAGUGGAACGGCGCCAACGUCCAGAACUCCCAAGGAGGUCAGCCGCUGUCUAUCGACACUGGACUGAGCAACACGCGCUCUGUACCAACCACCCCCGCCAGCACUCCACCCGGCGCUGUGCAGCAGGGUAUGUCCUACGCUUCUGGUCAGAGUUUUGAUGGCUCCAGGCCCUUGUACUCAGGACCACCAUCUCAGCCAGGCCAAUACGCACAGGGCCAGCCCAUGAUGGGAUACCGUCAAGACGGCUCCUACGCAAAGACCGAGAUGGCACCACCAUCGCGCAUCAGCGAUGUGCCGGAUGAAGGCGACGUGAAGCCAGCCGAUGGCAUGAUGCCGCAGGGUAGCGAGCAGGUGGCUCCUCCCCAAGCUGGAAGCGAGGGCGAUCAUGAAAAUGAGUACACCCACGCCAGCGCUCCUUACAGCGGAAACAGAGGCCCAUACGGAUACGCCUCCAACGGUGCACCUGGCGCCAUGCACCCCGACCACGCCCACCUGUCUCCUGAGAUGACGGGAUCGCCCCACCAAAACGGGUCCGGACGAGCCACGCCUCGAUCGGCAGCUACCGGCCAACCUCAAUGGAACUCGGGCUACUCCACGCCGCAACGCCAGGGACCCCCUUCCAGCAACCUUUACAGUGUCAUGAGCGAUCCCCGAGGUGCCCCUAACGGUAACGCAGCUCACGACGCCUACCAGGGUCCCGGCGCUGUCUCGCAGUACUCCAGCCAGGGAUACCCUCCCUCCAACGGAGUGAACAACUCCGGUAAGCGCGGUCGCGACGACGAGGAGCAGGACCCAUACCGCCCUGAUAGCGUUCAAGGCGACGAUAUGGGUGGCCUCAAGAGACGCAAGACUAUGGAGGGCGGUGCAGUUGGUGGAAACUACGCCGACCCCAACCCUGGCAUCCAGCGCGCGCAUACCAUGACGGCCCAGGCUCAGCGUACCAGGCGGUAA